AUGGUUUAAUUACUUUAACACAUUAAACUUGCAGGUGGUACAGCAAAUGGCUUUAGUGUUUCUGACAAAAGUUAUGGGUUCCUCUCAACAGGCUAUGUGAAGAGGAGAGAUAUAUGAGGAAUAAUUGUGGUCUACAUCACAUUCUUUCCAACCUCUGCUCUUUUUUGCUACCAAACCAUUUUCUUUCUUCUCUUGAAUUAUAUGGAUGUGCUUGUGCUUGGUACAGCAUAGCUGUAAGGUUAGCUAUGGAAUUGGAAGUAUUGGAUGCAAACUAUCUCUCAAAACUAAAUAAAAACUUUAGAUGCUCUUAAGAGACUGAGUAGCUUAUAACAGAUGGUUUUCAUCGUUUUUGAUAUCGUGUCAUCAGAAUAUAACUAACUACCAUCACAGAGGAUCUUGGACUUCUUCAUCCUCGUUCAUUGGCUUCUGGCUAAGGAGCCAUCGGCAUUACAUUCUUAUGUAGAACCCAUUUUCAUCAGCAUCACUUUUGUUCCAAGCAAAGCAUUCGGUUGAAAAAGAUUAAAACCACUACCAGAAAGUUAAAGGAGGAAGCUGCAGUGCUUACAAAAUAUCAGAAAAGGUAUGAGUGAAAUUGGGUCUGAAAGAUCAAAGUCAUGGAACAUUUACACAACUCCAGACCAAAGCCCAUCAUCUCAGACAGGUAUUGGUCAAGAAGCUCCUUGGAAGAACUUUGGAUCAUCCAUGAAUGCCAUUUCCUUUGGCUUUGUUGCCACUGCAAUCUUGAUAUCAAUGUUCCUUGUCAUGGCCAUCUUUGAGCAUCUGUUUAGACCAAGUUCUCCCUUCUCCUCAUCUGAUGAAGUUACCAACAACUCCUCAGAGUCAACUCCAGCUGAGAAAUUCGCAAGUCCAAAUACGGUGUCAACAUCAUAUGCAUCUGAUUUCUCAGUGUUGAUGCCAGGUCAGCACAUCCCCACCUUCAUUGCACAACCAGCUCCUCUGCCAUGUCAAAGAGAGGGAAUUUAUUGGCCAUCUCAUCGCCAUAAUUUUUCAGGUCCUUGAAGCAAAUAGCUUCUUAUUUGUUCUUGCCUCCAUUGAAAGCUGUUGCUGCAUUUAGGGAAACUAUCAGCUUUGCUUCUUAGAAUAAUAAUACUUGUGCUUCUUCACCCACAGGGAGAUCUGCUCAAAUGCUUAUACUUCUUUUUUGUUUUUUUCUUUCUGGGUUGCAUUUGUAAAUUGAUUAUCAAAGAAGUUACAAGUAUUUACAUGAGUUUACUCGUUUGAUAAAGAUUUUAGUAGAAAAUCACUUCACUUUUGUAUUCAUCUUAGGCUGAUUCAAGCUACUUUCCAACGUGAUACUUCUAGACUUCUUUUU